ACACUUAUCUAUUUAUUUUUCCAACAACAAUGCUUCGUCAAAGAUAUAAAUCAAUAUGACACAGUUAACAAAAAACGUUAUUACGCGUUCAAACAUGGAGAAAGACGAAACUUUUAUUCAAGAAGUGGUUUAUAAACCGACCACUGAGACUAAAGCACCAGCAGUGCUAAAACCGGAAAUCACCCCCAAAACUAGCACUUUCCUCUACUUUUCUGCCUCAGUCGCCGACUUGGUUGCUUUCUCCGCUGGUGUUGCUUUCGGGUGGACUUCCCCCGUUUUGCCGAAACUAAACGGGAGUGUGGACCCGGAAAACAACCCCUUGGGACGUCCCAUCACCCACAAUGAAGGAUCCUGGAUCGCUGGGUUGGUCUGUCUGGGUGCAAUCRUGGGCCCAUUGCUCGCCGGUCCCAUCGCUGAUAAGCUGGGUCGUAAAAAAACCCUUAUUUUGGCGGCUUGUCCCAUGACGGGAUCUCUCCUUCUGGCAGCUUACGCCACCACAACACCACUCUUAUUCGUUUCAAGGUUCAUCAUGGGUGUGGGGGCUGGUAGUGUUUUCACGAUUUUGCCCAUUUAUUUGGCAGAAAUCGCCCAGGACCAUAAUCGUGGAAUGCUGGGCUGUUCCAUGGGCGCUUCUGUGGCUUCUGGGCUACUUUUCGCGUUCUCUGUGGGUCCGUUUCUGACAGUUGGGACAUUUUGUCUCGUUUGCACUCUUCCACUCCUUGCGUUUUUGUCAAUUUUUUCGGUUUUUGUCCCGGAAAGUCCUCAAUUUCUGGCGGCGGUUAACCGGACUCGAGACUUGGAGAAAUGUUUGAGGAAAUUGAGGAGUGAGAAAGAUGUUGGGGGCGAAGUCUCGGAAAUCACUCAACGGGUUUUUGAGGAACGUAAAGUCAAAAGUGGGGUCACAGACUUGUUCAAAAUCCGGGCUUUGAGGAGAGGAUUCAUCGUCACUGUUGGRGUUGUGGUUUUGCAGCAAUUUGCCGGAAUUAACGCSGUUUUGUCGUACAUGCAGACGAUUUUUGACGCCUCCGGAAGCGGCCAAAGCCCGGAAAUGUCCACGAUUUUCAUCGGAGUUGUGCAAAUGGCCACCACGAUUGUCACCUCCUUCUUGGCGGAUCGUCUAGGUCGGAGGAUUUUGCUCCUGACUUCGUCCAUCGGUUCUUGCGUUUCGUUGCUCGCACUCGGGUUCUAUUUUUAUCGCAAAAAUAACCAUUUCGAUGUUGGGGGAAUUUCGUGGCUGCCUGUGGCCAGUUUGGUGGUGUAUAUAGUGGCGUUUAAUGUGGGUUUGGGGCCGCUGCCGUGGGCCGUCAUGGGGGAACUUUUUCCCUCAAGUGUCAAGUCAGUCGCAUCGACUCUGACUUGUUUUAUCUGUUUUGUGGCCGCUUUUGUUAUCACUUUGUUGUUUCCGAUUUUGUCGACGGUUCUUGGAAUGGCCAAUUCGUUCUGGUUUUUCGCACUGAUGUGUCUUUUAGGGACGUUUUUCAUGUUUUGGAUGCUACCAGAGACUAAGGGGAAGAGUUUGCAAGAAAUACAAAAAUUGUUAGAGGGCAAUUGAAUAUUUAUUAAAUAAAUUCGUUACACGAA